AUGGCCAUGCUGCUCUUUCUGGUGCUGUUGAAAUUCGUCCCAGCCAACUUUCUGAGCUAUUUGAAAUCUUUGUUAUAUUGUUUUCCAGGUCUGGACUUUGUUCAGGGGCGCAUCGUUGGCGGAUAUACCCCCUCGCCAAAUUCAAUCAAAUACAUAGUGUCGUUACAGAGCUCGAAAGGGCAGCACUUCUGUGGCGGAUCUCUGGUCCACAAGUACUGGGUGCUUACAGCUGCCCAUUGCAAUAUUGGGAUGGAUCGGAUGAUGCUGGUGGCUGGAGACUAUACUCUGGGUGUUUAUGAGGGGACAGAGCAGUACUCCAAGCCUCUAUCUCUCAUCCCGCACCCGCUGUACAACAGGAGCACCAAUAAUGCAGAUAUUAUGCUCAUAAAGCUCAGCGCACCUAUCGAGCUGAACAGGUACGUGUCGCUCGCCCCGCUCCCCAAGCAGAACACAGGGCUGCUGGCGGGCCGGAUGUGCCGGGUCUCUGGAUGGGGCUCCACGAGUCACGGCGGGGGACUAAACCCUCUCACCCUGCGGACGGUCAAGCUCCCCAUCGUCUCCACCUCCAAGUGCAACAGCAGCGACUCCUUCGGCGGAAACAUCACGGCGAGCAUGAUCUGCGCGGGCUCCAGGGCGGGAGGAAAAGAUGCAUGUAAGGGGGACUCCGGAGGGCCGCUGGUGUGUGAUGGACGGGUCUACGGCCUGGUCUCUUGGGGAAACGGCUGUGGGGAUCCAAGGUUUCCAGGGGUGUACACGGCGGUGUCCCGCUUCCGCAGGUGGAUUGACCAGACCAUAUACAGCCCGUACUCACGAUGCAUUAAGUCAGUUGGUCUUUUCAGCAGGGAAGACUAACCUUCUGUGUGUUUCUAUUCAUGCAACGUGCAAAACUACGCUCUUUAACUAUAGGCACCUUUAUCCUUGCGGACUUUUUUGGAAAAUAAAGUCUCCUAAAACCUGCAUUUCAAAAUGUUUUUUUUUAAUUAUUAUUAUUUGGUGCACCAGGCGCCUUAGUGAGCCGAAGAGACUUCUUCCUACAAAAAAAAUCUUACCAACCCCAAACUUUUAAAUGGUAGCAUAAAGUUGAAAAGUACUAAUAAAUGAAAGCAAAUUAAAGGGGUGAUGAACUGAGAAAUCAAAUUUUCCUUGAGCUUUUGACAUCUAAGAGGUCAUCAUAUUAUAAGAAUAUCCUGUGAGUUUCAGAACUGAAAACGUCCUUGUUAGUCCAAUAAAAGCUUUUAUUGACA